GGGGCGGAGGGGCGGCGCGCAGAGGAGCGGCGGCUGUGGGAGCGGACGGGCGCGGUCUGAACCUGAGCGGCGGCAGACACAAGACUCCAGCAGCCAUGUCGAAGCACCACGAUGCAGGGACUGCCUUCAUCCAGACCCAGCAGCUGCACGCUGCCAUGGCAGACACCUUCCUGGAGCACAUGUGCCGCUUGGACAUCGACUCGGAGCCCACCAUCGCCAGGAACACUGGCAUCAUCUGCACCAUCGGUCCAGCCUCCCGCUCCGUGGAGAAGCUGAAGGAAAUGAUUAAAUCUGGAAUGAACGUUGCCCGCCUCAACUUCUCUCAUGGCACUCAUGAGUAUCAUGAGGGCACAAUCAAGAACGUGCGAGAAGCUACAGAGAGCUUUGCCUCUGAUCCCAUCACCUACAGACCUGUAGCUAUUGCACUGGACACCAAGGGACCUGAAAUCAGAACUGGACUCAUUAAGGGAAGUGGCACAGCAGAGGUGGAGCUGAAGAGGGGGGCACAGCUCAAAGUGACCCUGGACGAUGCCUUCAUGGAGAACUGUGAUGAGAACGUGCUGUGGAUGGACUACAAGAAUCUCACCAAGGUUGUGGAUGUUGGCAGCAAGAUCUACGUGGACGAUGGUCUGAUUUCCUUGCUGGUUAAGGAGAAAGGCAAGGACUAUGUGCUGACGGAGAUCGAGAACGGGGGCAUGCUGGGCAGCAAGAAGGGAGUCAACCUGCCCGGCGCCGCCGUCGACCUGCCUGCAGUCUCCGAGAAGGACAUCCAAGACCUGAAGUUUGGCGUGGAGCAGAACGUGGACAUGGUGUUUGCUUCCUUCAUCCGCAAGGCUGCUGACGUCCACGCGGUCAGGAAGGUGCUGGGGGAGAAGGGGAAGAACAUCAAAAUCAUCAGCAAGAUCGAGAACCACGAGGGCGUGCGCAGGUUUGAUGAGAUCAUGGAGGCCAGCGACGGCAUUAUGGUGGCCCGUGGGGACCUGGGGAUUGAGAUUCCUGCUGAAAAAGUCUUCCUGGCCCAGAAGAUGAUGAUUGGGCGCUGCAACAGGGCUGGCAAACCCAUCAUCUGUGCCACUCAGAUGCUGGAGAGCAUGAUCAAGAAGCCUCGGCCGACGCGCGCCGAGGGCAGCGACGUGGCCAACGCGGUGCUGGACGGAGCCGACUGCAUCAUGCUGUCUGGGGAGACCGCCAAGGGCGACUACCCGCUGGAGGCUGUGCGCAUGCAGCACGCGAUUGCCCGGGAGGCCGAAGCCGCCAUCUUUCACAGGCAGCUGUUUGAGGAGCUGCGCCGCCUGACCUCCCUCAACUGCGACCCCACCGAGGCCGCCGCUGUCGGCGCUGUGGAAGCGUCCUUCAAGUGCUGCAGCGGGGCCAUUAUUGUCCUCACCAAAUCUGGAAGGUCGGCGCACCUGGUGUCGCGGUACCGCCCGCGGGCGCCCAUCAUCGCCAUCACCCGCAACGACCAGACCGCACGCCAGGCCCACCUCUACCGUGGCAUCUUCCCCGUCCUCUGCAAGGAGCCGGCUCUGAGUGCCUGGGCAGAGGACGUGGACCUCCGCGUCAACCUGGGCAUGAAUGUUGGCAAAGCUCGUGGGUUCUUCAAGAGCGGCGACCUGGUGGUCGUGCUGACCGGCUGGCGCCCCGGCUCCGGCUACACCAACACCAUGCGUGUGGUGCCAGUGCCCUGAGCAGCUGCACACCUCCCUGCCCCCACCGCCCCUUCUCCCUUCCCCCCCCCCUCCCCUCGCCUUAGACCAGCCACCGCUUGCGCUGUCCUUGUCCCUAGAGUGGAUGUAGGUUGCUAAACACCACCCAGUGCAGCAGCAGUAGCAGGGGGAGGAGACCUUAAAUCACUAAAAGAAGAGAACUGUACUUGAAGUGUUUAGUUUCUUUCUUUGGUUUUCUUUUGGUGUUUGGUUUUGUUUUUUUAGUUCAAACCUCUCCCCAUAGCAAAGCCCUGCCCUGAUGUGACGUGGAGGUUCCUGCGUGCUGCUGGGACUCCUCUUAGCCUAGUGACUGUCCUCAGGGUGUUGUAUGUCCCUUUCCUUACCCCUCUAUUGAGGGGUUUUGGGAAGGGGAGAGGUGACUUGUGGUCAACGGUUCCCCUGUAACCCUCUUCACUCCAGGGAAGCUGCUAUUCACCCCCUCCCUCCCCUGCACUGUCCUGGCCAGAAAUCCCACCCCCACAGACCAAAUCUGAGGUGAAUCCCACCCCCUCUAAGCUGCUUGGGGUUUUUUUUGUCGGGGUGGGGGCAGAAGAAGGGUGCUGGCUCCUCAUGCCAUGCCAAGGGCUUCCUCUGCGCAUCAUCUUGUGUGUUUAGUGUGUUCCCUGUUCCCCCCCAGAGCCUUCCCUUCUCUCUCUCCACACUCCGAUGGGCCCCUGGGGUGGCAGAGCACAGUUGUCCAUCAAUAAAGAGAAGCUGAAGCACCUGC